GAUUUAUCAACGCUCAGAGACAGAACUGACCCAGUCUAUGGACAUGUUCCUGUUGAGCAUGACCAUUCUCUGCGUCUUAUUCGGUUCAUCAGUUACUCUUAUUACAAGUAAGGGGUGCGUUGGGAAAAGGUAUCUCUUUCCAUAUUCAUAUACUUCCCCUGCUUUCAAGGACCAGAUAUACUUCACUCCGAGCAAAGGGGGACCCAGGACCCUAAUUUUGGAUGGGAGUGUGGGAAAGGUACCUCGGCUUCAAGUUUCCAAAGCCUCUAUUUAUUUGACUGAUUUGACAGAAGAAGAUAAUGGAGUUUUUUCCAUAUCUUAUGGUCAUGAUUACCCAUUAGCAUAUGAUGUAAUCACACUGACUGUUUCAGUAUGUACUGACUCUGUCACCAAGACUUAUGGAGAAAGCUACUACUGUAAAAUUCCUCGGCAGGCUGAAUUCCUGGACUUUGCACCCCAUCUCAGUGAUACUCUGCCAAAAGUCCUGUGGAACAGCUCAGACCCUCAGACCAGUCUGGGAGGCAGAGGACAAGUUAGGGGUGAUUCUUGGGAGAUAAUCAGUGCCACCCAGGAAGACAGUGGUUACUACGAUUUCAGGGGAAAAGACAGAAAGCUGCUGUCCAGGACGCUGAUCAAAGUAGAAGGGAAAAUUCUAAGAAAUGAAAAGUAUGUGGGUGAGGUGCUCAUCAUCAGAUAUCCUUCAGCAGAUUCAGCCUGGACUGUAGAUGUUAAACUCGAGGAAGAGAGGAAAUACAUAAACCUGGUAAAUGCAGGCAUUGUGGUCACAGAGAGUAACCCAGAGGCCAGGGCAUUUAAUGGGAGAGUUCAUCUGUUACAUGAUGGCAUGCAGAUUACUCUUUUGGAAACCAGAGACUCUGGCACCUAUACAUUCAAAGACCCACAAAACAACCUAGGUCUGAUAGUGCUGCUGGAGGUACAGCCUGCUCCGACGUCUCCUAAAGCUCCUCUUUCUGCAUUGCUUAUUUUUGGCAUUGUUGUUGGAUACAUUUCUUUAACUGUUAUCUGCUUCUGCUGUGCGUGGAAAUGCUUUGAGAAAUGGAGGUCUUCUGAUAAUGCCCAGGCUGCUCAUCAGACUGAAACAGCACUUCCUGUGUAUUACCACAAUCAGAACCAAUCUUCAGGCCAGAGUCACUCUUACCAGCCAGUGCCUCUGGGUGCUUAUGGAGACACUGCAGCUUACUCCUUUGAGCCACCAGACUACGACACAGUGAUGAACAGCCUGCAGCCUGAGGUUGAACCUUUGGGAGGUCAAGGAGGCACUCCAGCACCUUCACUCGGCUCUGAUUGUCUUUCCUCAGACCCUGGGCCGAGGUUUGAGUUGACAGGACUGACCGGCCCCUCUGCUCCCCCCCUCAGUUCAGACUCAACUGCCUGUGGUGUUUAUUCCUCAGACAAACUCAACUAUCUGUCUGGAGCACUGUGAAAACUCAAGUGAGAUCAAGUCAGCGUUGUGCCUUAUGAGCAAAUUGAACACAGACAUUUCAGUCCUUCAAUGAACUGUGAUAUCAGCCUAUGUUUGAUAUCCACACAUACGAGAAUAAGUUCCUACAAACCUGCUUAGUGGCAUUAAGAAGUGCAUUUAAAACAAGGGCCAUGUAUGAAUGUAUCUAAAUGACUUUUAUUUUUACAUUAUAAGAAGUGAUGUGACAUUCGUAUUUGUUUGAUUUCUGAGUCUCAGUUUCUUUUGAAAGUUGUUUUUAUGAAAAAUCACGCAAUAAUUAAAUCAAUGUAACAUGUUUUAUAUGAGACAGCUAUCUCUGUGCACUGAAAUUAAAUAUGAGUAAUUAUACAUUAGCUUUACAUUUCAAAAAAGAUUUAAAAAGUAUGUGGUAUGGUGUCACUAAGUAAAAUAAAGAUAAGAGAGGAAAUGAAUCCACAGGAAAUUCAGACCAUGGAUGCUUCAGGGUCCGCCUAUGGCCCUUCUAUACAUAAAGCAUAGCCAUGGGGUAAGUAUAAAACAUCUUGACUAUGUGGGAAGUGAUCCUAUAAUGUCACUUCAGAAAAGCAUGUGAAGCCUUUUAUAGCACUUUUUGCAAAGUUUCUGGAUGCUGUUCAAUUUGAGCCUUAAAAAGGGACUGUAAUCAUGUCUACCCACAGUGCCAUGACAUAGCCUACAUAGACCUAGAUGUACAACAUAACUUAGAGUUUGGGUUUGUGUAAUUUCAUUAUAAUUGUGUAUUUUGGGUCAUUAAAAUACUGACAUGACAA